CACUCCUCACUCGAGCUCCGUCAUGGCGACAGUACUGCAGCCUCUCAGCUUGGAGCGCGACGUGGCGAGGGCUAUAGAGCUGCUGGAGAAGCUGCAGGAAUCAGGUGAUGUUCCUGGUCACAAGCUGCAGUCACUGAAGAAGGUUCUGCAGAGUGAGUUCUGUACAGCCAUCCGAGAGGUCUACCAGUACAUGCACGAGACGAUAACAGUGAACGGCUGCCCUGAGUAUCAGGCUCGAGCCACUGCAAAGGCGACAGUGGCAGCUUUCGCCGCGAGUGAAGGCCACUCCCACCCGCGAGUGGUGGAACUACCCAAAACCGAUGAGGGUCUGGGCUUCAACGUGAUGGGCGGGAAAGAGCAAAACUCCCCAAUCUACAUCUCUCGCAUCAUCCCAGGGGGCGUGGCUGAGCGACACGGCGGAUUAAAAAGGGGCGAUCAGCUGCUGUCUGUCAACGGAGUGAGUGUGGAAGGCGAGCACCAUGAGAAGGCGGUGGAGCUGCUGAAGGCGGCUGAGGGCAGCGUGAAGCUGGUGGUGCGCUACACACCCAAAGUCCUGGAGGAGAUGGAGGCUCGCUUCGAGAAGCUCCGCUCUGCCCGACGCCGCCAGCAGCAGCAGCUCCUCAUUCAGCAACAGCAACAACACAACCUCAACACUCAACAGAACCACACAGCGUAGGUUGUUGCAGAAGAAGAAAAAGUAACGAGCUAUAUUCGAACUUCACAAUCUGCAGACGAGGGUCGCGUCCUGUUCCAGUCAAGACCACACUUUAACUCUUUUACAACGUCCUGAGCGUAGACCCCGGUGCUCGCUAAACACACCUUCGACUGCAGAACAACAGCAGCGAGCACGCUAGCAGCGUAACCUUCACUUCUCUUUUUUCCACCAGUCGUGACUUGGUCCAAAGAAAACGUCCUGCUUGUAGUCUGAUUAGAGUAUUUAUUUGUGUUUCCGAACCAGGUUCUUGUUUAGUCACCGCUUUCUAUGCUAACUUAUUAACUUAUUAGAUUCUUCUGGUGCUUGUGUCUGUGAGAAAGAAAAUAGUGUCAGAUGUCGUCUUUUAUCGGAUAAAAGUGAGGUAUUUUAUACCAUAUUGUAGCAAGAAAUAUUUUAUAUGAAAAAGUAUAGAUUUAGCAAUAACACACUUCAGUUGGUUUGAAACUAAAAUCUCAUUUCAAAUGUCAAUUCAGUAAAACAUUUUAAUUUGAUAUUCUGUGCAAAUAAACCUGAUAACUUUGAACUAUGGAGCAAAAAUGCUAAUAUAGCUAAUUAAAACAUGUCAGCAGACCAUUAAAGGAUAACUGCUAGCAAUACUGUUAGCUAACAGCACAAUUUCACACUUUUGUUGUUAGCCAUGUUAGAAUUUGUGGACAUUAUGUGCUUAGACAUAAUCACACUAUGGAGCAAACACCUUACAGCUAGCAUAACAUUUAGCAUUUCUGCUAGAUAACUACAUGCUUUCCCACUCUAGCGAUAGUUAACGUUCAGUGUUUGAAUGAAAAUAAUUGGGACAAACAGCUUCUAUUACAAACAAUAAACCUGCGGAAAAGGAAAGUUAGCAGUGGAUUGCUAGCUUUGAGCUUUGUUAGGUAGCAUUUUAGCUCCAUGUGAAUGAUUUACACAGAAUAUAGAAUCAUAUAUCUACGCUAAUAAAUGAUAAUUUGCUUAAAUUGACCAAGUGUGAUUAGCUACGUUUACGAAUUUGUUACAGAUGCAAUUUUACAGUUAUUAAAUAAAAAAUAAUAAUAUUUAUGAGGACAUGAAUGUCGUACACAGAUGUAUGAAAUAAAUAGUUAUAUAGUGUUGGCCGUGUAACUUGACGAUAUUUUAUUAUUUGUAAUUUUCUUUUAGUUUGUAAUUUGAUUGAAUUUUAUUGUAUGUUCUGAAACUGAGCGUCUCGUUUGGUCAAAACCGUCCGGAAUUUUCUCUACAUCUGACAAUCAUUUAUUCACCGAGAUUAACAACUUUAAUGACUCUUUAAAGGAACACGUCAGUAAAAAAUCUAACAUACACAAUAUUUUCUAAUCGGUUAGACAAGACAAACCGAGUUUCCUUGUUUUUUUUACUGAAACCAUGAUGCUAGUGUAACCAACAUUAGUCUACUGUGAACAUUUAAGUUAUUUUAUCACUUUAAACUGCCUAGUUUAGUUUGUGGGGUCAAAUUAUUAUUCCAAACAAUAUUACUAUUGACUUCUGUAGGCAAAGUCAUUUGUGGUGUGGAUAGCUAACAUGAAAUCUGUGUGUGGCUAGUCAUUAAAUUUACUAUAGCUAAUGUAAUAUUUAAAUUUCUGGAUAGCCAUCUUCCUGAAUGUCUAGUCAUUAAACAUAGAUUAGCUAACAUAAUGUUUUAAUGUUUGGCUAUUCAUAAAAUUAAUUCUAACUAGCAUAAUUUUCCAUGUGUGGCCAGUCAUUAAAUAUAGACUAGCUAAUGUACGGCUUUCAUGGGUGGAAAGUCAUCUAAUUUAUACUAGCCAACAUAAGUCUUAGUGCAUGGCUAGAUAUAUAAAAAUCCAUGUGGCUAACAUUAAAAGUUUCCAUUAACACUA